AUGAGAAAGAUUGUUACUUCUCUCACUUGUUUACUACUUCUCUUCCUACUUGCAUUAUCCAUCAAUGCUGCCACCACCGAUCCAAUUGUUGACACUAAACAAGGUAAAGUUCGUGGUUACUUUCCAAAUCCAACAACCAGAGCAUUUACUGGUAUAAGAUUUGCAAGCUCAACUGCUGGAUCCAAUCGUUUUAAACCUCCAAUCAAUGUUGCUGAUGUCAUUUCUCCAACAAUCUUUAAUGCUACCAAUUAUGGAAAUGUUUGUGUCCAAUCAGAUUCAAGUGGAAACAAUUAUGAUCAAGCACAAAGUGAAGAUUGUUUGUUUUUGAAUGUUUGGACACCUGCUGAUGCUAAUGUUACAAAUAAGUAUCCUGUUUUCUUUUGGAUUCAUGGAGGAGCUUUCAAAUAUGGAACUGGUAAUAUGUAUCAAGGAGAUUAUUGGACACAAGUUAGUCAACAAGUUGGUUCACCAAUUGUUGUGGUUACUUUCAAUUAUAGAUUGGGAAUUUUAGGAUUUCUUUCUGAUUCACUUUUUAAGACUGAAAAUGGUUUGACAACUGGCAAUUUGGGACUUUUGGAUCAAUUAUCUGCAUUGACUUGGGUUAGAAAGAAUAUUGAUAACUUUGGUGGUGAUUCUAGUAAGAUUACAAUUGGUGGAGAAAGUGCUGGAGGUGUCAGUACUCUCAUUCUCUUGACAAGUCCAUUAUUAGGUAAAGUCAAAGGUGCUAUUGCCCAAAGUGGAUCAUUCCUUCCAUGGUUAAUCCAACAAAGUGUUGAUGAUGCCAAUGUUAUUUCAGGAAAAUUCAAGACUGCUGUCGGCUGUUCAUCAUUGAAUUGUCUCAGAAAUUUGCCAACAAGCACUAUUCUCUCCUAUCAAGAUGGUUCCACAGAUUUGUUCGUUCCAGUUAUUGAUAAUUAUGUUACCAAUGAUACAAUUUAUAACAACUUUUUGAUUGGUAAUUACAAGCAAGUUCCAACAAUUAUUGGAACUACUUACAAUGAAACAACUCAAUGGACUUGUGGAUAUCCAAGUGAUUUAUCAUCUACUGCUCAACGUGGAGUUCUCAAUUCUGUAUUUGGAAAGGAUAAGGUUAAUACCUUCUGGAGUUCUUUGCCAACUUAUUAUCCAAAUGUUGGUUAUGAUAACAAUUUACAAUAUUUCAAUGUUUAUUUUAGUGAUGCUGAAAUGCAUUGUAAUGCAAGACAUGCUGCUUCUCUCUUUACCAAGUUUGUUACCAAAGUUUACUUGUACACUUUCAACUACUUUAUUGAUUAUCCAUUAUUUGACGAAACUUGUUAUGGUGCAUCACAUGCAACAGAGCUACCAUUCUUCUUCCCAUCUGUCAUGAAAGUGAGAUUAACUUCAAAGUUUUACACCUUCACUGAUGAAGAAACCAACUUCUCCAAGCAAUUGAUCAGAUAUUGGUCCAAUUUUAUUGUCAGUUCAAAUGUUAACAACAAUGCAGCAUCUUCCAACUUGGCUGCUGAUAUGGUUACUUGGCCAGCUUAUACAGUUUGUAAUAAUAAGAGAAAUAUGUUGAAGAAGGGUGCCUUGUCUAUUACAAAUAAUUUGUAUAGCACUGUUUGUCCAUUCUGGAAUGGCAUUACUGAUUUCCCUGUUCAAACAUGUUAA